CUCUUCCGGUGUUCAGCACCAACAGAGGAAGAAGAGAGGUUCUUCCUCUCCCAGAUCAACAGAAGGAGAUGCCCGACAAUUUCAUCAACUGUAAUACUUGCACAAAACUUAACAUUUCGGAGUAAAUUUAGAAGUUUUAUUCUGUUUAGAGUCUGUAGAAGACGCUGUUUGAAGACAUAUCUGUAUUUAACAACAAACCAGACGAGCAAAAUGAACGGAGCUGCAUUCCCCUCCCCCACGGCCGAGAUGGCGGAGAUAAACCGUAUCCAGUAUGAGCUGGAGUACACCGAAGGAAUCAGCCAGAGGAUGCGCAUCCCAGAAAUGCUCAAAGUGGCCCCUCAAACCCAUGAUGACCCCAAUGUUGGAUCGCAGGAGGUCCCCCAUAGUGUCAUAAUGCAAGUCCCAGAGAGAAUUGUGAUUGCAGGAGACAAUAACGACACCCAGUUCUCCAGACCCAGAGACUUGGAUCUUAUCCAGUCAACACCACUAGAAGCCCUGUCGCUUAAAACUCCACCUAGAGUCCUGACGCUCACUGAGCGGCCUCUGGACUUCCUUGAAGAGGAGCAACGGGCAGCUCCAGAAAGUGAGGAGCUGUUGCGGCCCCAAGCACGUGUACGGCGGGAACGCUCAUCAAGUGAGAAUGCAGCUGUACGUCAGAACAGUCAGCUGAUGCGCAACGAUUCUGCUGCGACCCCGUCCCCCCCAGCCAUUGUUCACCCAUGUCCCCCUCUCACCGUGGCUGAAGAUCACAACCUGUACAGCGCUAGUGGUGUUCUAUCUUUCAUCCAGUCCACUACACGUCGGGCCUACCAGCAGGUCCUGGAGGUCUUGGACGAAAACCCUCGCAGCAAACCAUCACUGCGAGGGGGGUCGGCUUCAAGCUCCAACCCCCUGCAUGAUUCCAGGCUUGCUUUAUCAACAUAUGAAGCCUCUCUGGAGGGGACAGCAGAUGACAUGACUGUGGUGGAUGCGACAACACUUCGACGUCAGCUCAUCAAGUUGAACCGGAGACUCCAACAUUUGGAGGAAGAGAACAAGGAGCGAGCGAAACGAGAGCUGAUCCUGUACUCUGUCACCGUUGCUUUCUGGCUGGUCAACACCUGGGUUUGGUUGCGACGUUAAGAGUUUGUCUGCAAUUCAGCCAUCAGCAUGACAUGAGAACGUAUUAUCCCUUAUUCUAUGUGUCAAAUGUUAAGCUACUCGCUGCACUCCGCCCUUGUGUCAGGAGACCUUGGCAUCUGCAAGGCCUGCUGCACACAGGGCUGAUAUUUUGAUUUUUGUUUAUUUAAUACAUGUACAGUUUUAUUUUUUUACUCUUAUUUCAUCCCACUCCAUUUUCUCGUGUUUGGUUUUUAUUUCAGAUCUUUUUGCCCACUGCUAAAUAUGACUUGUAAAUAUUUGUUCAUGCCACUCAAGAGCUUUGAAAGGAACUCAUCCAGAGAUACAGUAUAGCGUAGUUUACCAGAAUAGGAAAAUGGAGCUGCGGUGUGGAGACACGCAACUCCGUAAUGGUAACAUGUUGUAUAUUUAUUGCAGAGAGAGUGAUAUGUGACUUGGAUUGGGAAAUCUAAUACAGUUGAGUAAAACCAUACCUAUGA